AUGUCGUCGCCAUCAAACAGGGCAUCUUGGCGCCGCUUGCCCGCAGAAAUCAGACUUGAAAUUAUGAAAUGCUUACUACAGGACGGCUGCAGCGUGGCCAAAUUCGCUGCUGUUUCUCGAGAGUGGCAGGAAGUUAUCGAGCCCAAGAACUUCGCCCGAAUCACGGUCACGCAUUCACGUCUUGCAGAGUUCAACUCGAUGACCUUUCGCAAUCGGGCUCUCGUGUGCUACAUUUGGUUGUGUACAGAGCUUGAAGAAUAUGAUUGCACCAAUUGUGGAGCAGAGAAAAACUUGUGUAUUAUGAGCACAGCAGAUCAUGUUCGGAUCGGCAGAGCAUUUACUGGCCUAUUCUCGGCUCUCAGCGCAUGGCAACCGAGCGACAACCUAGUGUUGGAAAUCAGCAUUCAUUCUCCCAGCGACUCGGAUCAUUGGUUCAAGUACAUGACCUUUGUGCCUGAUAUAUCACCUGAAAAUUGCGGCUGGAAAAAGCGGUUGCCUAAACCUAUCCAGGUCAACUUUGACGACGAGAAGCACGGGUGGAUCGCAGGCCGUCGAGUUUCUCACCCACGCCCAGUGCUUAUUGAAGAUAUGAACAACGAUUCGCCCGAAACCUACAAACGGAAUGAAAAAUGGUUUAAAAGACAUAUGGAGAAAAGGGCAAUUGAGACCAACAAACAAAAGAAAGUGUGGUGGGAGAGCCUUCCUCCAGUUACUGCCGUAAUAGGGGUGAUACUGCGUCAACAGAAUCGCCGGCAGUUGACGGAAAUUCUAGGGAAAAUCUUAUCCCGCCUUUCAGGACCCCAGGAAAUUCACUACGAGUCUUGGAGAAGAAAGUGGCAUUUUGAUCAGGAAGAGGCAGAUAAAAUACAUCCAACUUGGUUUACACGCAUCUUUCCUCGAAAGCUCAAAAACUUACGGAGACUUGUCAUUUUUGAGAGCUUCACUCAAAAAUACCCAGAAAUUCUCGAUCCUCAGCUGGGGGUUCAGCCUAGUCAAAUGCCGACCCCUAAGGCGGGCAAGGCGAUCGCCCGUGCAUCGUUCAUGGUGGAUGCUAGUCACUUUUUCAGCAGUUGUGAGCCUUCAUGGAAGUGGUCCAACCUGACGUCGCUUGCGCUGACCUCAAGACUACUCGCGCCCGAUGCGACGACCACUCAAAUCGGUGCUAUGCUCCGAAAAGCGGCAAAGAUGGCUAUGAGAAUGCCAAAGCUCCGCGUGAUGGAGAUUUGGGACGGGCGAGAGGGAUUGGCGGCGCUCUUCCAAUACAAGUCAAUGGGUCAUGGGCAGCGUCCCGUGAUUACAUGGAGAGCAACAUGGGAUUAUGCCUUGGAGUCGUCCGUCAUCCAAGCUUGGAAGGCAGUCGGUAUGGAGCACCAGGGAGAACAUCACUGGAACGACUGCGUUGUCGUCAAGGAGUUUCUGAAUGUUGACGAUGUCAGGUGUCACGGUGAUGCGAUCCAUCAUCUGAAGCUGUCAAGCUCCGUCAUUCGACCUGUUUCACUGCACCAGAUUCGAACGGAGAGCAGAAUCUUGGAUGGUAUCUAUGAGUGGUAG